GGCCUGGCACGACUCCUUGAAGAAUGAAAAGAAAGUCGAGUGCAGAAGCUGUGCUGAGGAUGUGGAGGAGAAACUGGACUGUGAAGAUGAGCAACUAAAGUCACUUUGUUUCCUCCAUUUGAGGAAACAAAGUGUUGACACAGAUACAGGAGGAAAACUGACCAAGAUGAAGAUGAUCUCCAGCAUCCUGCUGCUCCUCAUCCUCAGCUCAUGUCUCUGUGCAGCAACAUUUGUAGUGAAUGUGACACAGAGCAGCUAUCAGGCAGAGGAGAACCACAGCAUCACUCUGGAGUGGACCUUCCCCACCAAGACUCAGGGAACCUACAGGGAACUGUUCAUCAUCUGUGAAUUCAGAACAUUAGUAAAGUCACGGGUUAUAUAUGUUCAUCGUAAUGGAGUUGAGCUUCCAGAAUCUCAGGAUGAACAGUUUUCAGGACGAGUCCAGAGUGACAAAGACGUCCUCAGAGAAGGACGAAUCAGACUCCAUGUGUCCAGACUGAGGACUGAAGACUCUGGUCUGUAUCUGUGUGACGUGAAAACUGAAGAUGGAUUCAACUCUGCAGAAUGUCGACUCAACGUUACUGGUCCAGUGAAGGACGUUGGUCAGAACCUGAUACAUGCAAAGGUGGGAGACGACGUUAUUCUGCCAUGUCAUCUGGAGCCUCCAUUUGACGUGAACAGACUUACAAUUGAAUGGAGAUUCAAGGAUCAAAUAAUACUUGUGUAUCACAGAGGAGCUGAAGAUGAUGAAACUUCAGACCCAAAGUACCAGGACAGAACCUUUAUGUUCCAUGAUGAGUUUAAAAAAGGCAACAUUUCCCUCAAAUUGAUCAAAGUGACCAAAGAGGAUGAAGGGAAUUAUACUUGCUUUGUUCCCAACCUGCAAAGUAAAGUCAGGAAGGGGAACGUUACUCUAAAACUUGAUAAAAAUGGAGCCCAAGACAACUUGAAUGUUCCUGGAGAACCUCAUCGUAGAGUUAUUGUUGUUGGUGUUGUUGUUGUUGUUUUUGAAACACUCAUCCUCAUCAUCACCAUCAAAUACCGUCGCCCCAGUGCUGAACAAAUUUUUCCAUGGUGGAGGAAAAACUUUCCUCAAAGGAGAAAUUAUUGAGAUCGGAGAGGAAACGGUAACCAAGGAGAUGAAGAUGAAAAAGAUCUUUUACAGGAACAACAAAACCAAAGUGUCUGAAUUAUUCAUCCUGAUCUGAAAUCUCUUCAACCAUUUGUUGGUAUGAAAACUGUUACAUGUUUAGAAAUAUGAAUAAUGAAUAAAAUACUAUAUGACUUAAACCCAAAAGCAAGUCCUUCAUAUUAGAUCAAAGAUUUAAUAAUUUUGUUUUUAGAUUAAAAUAAGGAUGAAGAAUCAUGUAAGUUAAAAAAUAACAUUUUAUGUCCAUAAAUGUUUCUGUAGUUUAGAGUUUCUUACUCAGUUUUUAAAAACAGAUUUUUCUUUGAAAGUAUUUUUUUAUACAUGUAAAAGUUGACAGACUUGAUCCCCAGUUUGUGUCUAAAAAAGGUUUUUAAUUUAAUUUCUGUCAGUGAAUCUUAUUUUUAAUGCUCUUGUUACAUAAAUAACCAAAUAUUUAUGUAUUUUAUUUAAAUUCUCCUAAAAACAUUUAAGUUCAGAGAUGAUCAAAGGAUUGAACCACUGACCCAAAUUAUUGACCUUAUUCCUGCAUUUUAUGACAGUCGUCAAUUUUUAAAGUAAAACUUUUAAGUUUAUUUAUUUACUUUGAAUGAAAGUGUUGAAAAAACAUCUGAGAUGUUGAUGCUUUCCAACAUUCAUCAUCAUAAAUACAAACAUAACAAUCUUUCUACUAAACUGACAGGAAAAACUCACAUCAGAUAAAUAUUUGACUGUUUCUAUCCUGAACAAAAAACAGAGAAGAUGAAAGAUUGUCAAAUUCAUUUAUUUCUUUUGAGACUGUAGAAAAUAACAGUGAAAAUCUGAUCAUGAUAUUAAACAUCAGGAUUAUUGUAUUUGCUUUAUCCUCAGAUUUAAAAAAUGGCUUUAACCCUUAAUUUGCCACGAUGUGCAUAAGACUGACAUGAUUCUGUCAUAAAGAUGAAAUAAAACCUGAAGAUUCUUCAUGAAUGUCUGACUGUCAUGAAGAGUCAUUAGGGAAAUAAUCACACUUUUAAUAUAAAGUUGCUUUAAAGUGUCAGCUUUGCAUUAUUUUGUUAAUAAUGACACUUUAAUGCACCCAUUGAAAAAAAAUAUAUAAGUGUAAUAUAAAUAAAUUGACUAAAGAUCAAUUUCAAGGAAAUUAUUGUUUUUUGUUUCUAGGUUUUUUUUUAAUGGACAUGAAAAAUAUAAAUUCCGUUUUUUAUUUCCAAAUAAGUAAAUGAGUAGGUUGUCGUUAUUGAUCCUUAAUUAUCGAGAAAUAAUAAAACAUCAUUGCACAAGUAUUGAUUGAAAUGGUUAGUAUUGGAGUUAAUAAUCAGAUACAAAAAUGUUUUGGAGGAAUCUUUUGGUUUCUGACACUAUUAGAUGAUUAAACAUUCCCCGGGUCAAAUUGACCCACCAACAUUAUUGCUGGACCCCAGAAACGAACCUAACAGGAGAGUUAAGAACCGUUCUGGUUCAGAGAUCCACAACCUUCAUCCUCAGAGCUCAACAUCCUCCAUCAUUUGAAUGUGACUUUGUUCUAACAACUUGAUUGCAAUGAUUGCAGCAGCUCCUCUGCAGGCCAUCAGGUUCUUCAGAGGAGUUUUAAUCAUUCAAUCAUUCAUGUGGCUGCAGGGAAACUGAUUAUAUUGUUAUAUAAAUAUAUUAAUGCUUGUAUAUUGUUAUUGAUGUUCACAUUGUUUCAAUGUUGUUCUUAUUUUUAUUCAUAUCUGCCCUUAAAUCACGUCUUCCUUCUGUUUCUGAUAAUUAUUAUUGAAUAUUUUUGCAUGUGUGAAUUUUAUCUGUUGGGUUUAUUUCCAGUGGGAAUUUAAUGUACAUAAUUAUGUAAAAAAACUCUCUCUGUGCUAAAGCUCUAUUAAUCAAUGAUUUCAUCACUGAGCAUAAUAUCAAUGUUAUGUUUCUGACAGAAAUAUUGUUGAAUGACAAUAAUGAACUGAUUGUACUAAUUGAAUCUGCGGCUCCUAACUACAAUUUCUAAAGUGAGAAUAGAAAACAUAAAAAAGGAGGAGGCGUGGCUUAAAUAUUUAAGAAUACCGUAAAUAGCAGCAAAAAUCUUAGUGAGUUUAUAAAUCACUGAAUGGUUUAGCACCACAAUACAUUAAAGAUCUGCUGCUGUUGUAUCAACCUUCCAGAACCUCUCAGGUUCUGGUUCUGGUUCUGGUUCUGGUCUGCAGAUUCUAUGUUACAUUGUGUUUCUGUGUUUGAUUUGAUGUAAAGCACCUUGAAAUGCCUUACUGCUGAAAUGUGCUAUACAAAUAAAGUUUGAUUGAUUUGAUUGAAAAAAAGUGUGUUUUUAAUCUUACUGUAUUAAUUAUCUUUAUUGCUUUUUCUAAAGUGUGAUUAUCAGCUGCUGAUUAUUUUUAUAACUUUUAUUCCCAGACCUAAACACAGUAGAAUAAAGUAAAGACAUUGAGAAUAUAGAAUCUGCAGAAAUUUCAGAUUAAAAUAUAAACUUAUUCUUCAUGAACUGCAGUAAAAAUGAUCAGAUUUGAUCUGACAGUUUAUAUAAAGUUUCCAGCAGAUUUUAUUUCAUUCCCUCUUUCAAAAUGUUUAUUUUUAAUUAUGAGUUCCACAUUAAAUUGAACAUUAUUCCUUCCAAACAUUAUAAACUUUGUUUUAUUCAGGUUUAGUGAGAAAUUAUUUCUGUUAAAUCUCAGUUCUAUUUUGUGUCUUCAGUCCUAAUUGGAUUAUUGAAAAACUGAUCAUUUAAAAACAUUUAAAAUUCAAUAAUUUAAUUUAUGUUUCUUGAUAUUUUGUUGCUGAG